CUCGCCUAAUGGCUGCAGCUGACGGCCCAAUACCCAUUCUCCAAGGUCAAAGCUGUAUGUUUUUGAGCCUAUCACGACCAAAACGCGUAGGAUAGCCAGCAUCCGACUCCUCUUCCCGAAACACCAUGAAGCCCCUGACGGCGAACGUGCAGAGGAGUCGGAUCCGAAGCCCAACAUAGCCAGCCCUGCAUAGCCAUUCCUGCAGAAUGGGUUUUCUUCAUAUUGUCCUGUCCUGCUUCCCUUGUCUCUCCUGCUCUUAUAUUCUACCCGCAGCCAGGGACAAAGUCACACAACAUCGCGCGAUUUGUAGAUCGAAUCCGUCGAUAACAAUACACACCUUACCCACAGCACCAUGUCCUCACAGCGACUACCCUUGCCAAUCCUCAUCAUUGUCACAGUGCUAAACACACCGACCUUCGCGCAGAGCGUGCUCCAAGAGGUAGACGGCCAGCAACAAAAAGAUGACACGUCAAGCUCGGACACGAAAAGCAUCUCGUCCAAGGGCAUGAUCAUCCUGUGCACGAUAGUCGCCCUCGUCAUUGUUGUCGGAAUAUCCUUCACAACUAUAUUCAUCGUCUUCAAAAAGCGGCGCUGGCAGAUGCGCGAAGCGCUCUACUCGACGGACAGCGUCGCCCCGGACAUUCUUGAAAGGGGUUCGGUUGUCAAAACGCCCACCAGCCAGGUCAGCCACGUACAACACACGCCGACGAGAAGUGAAACUCGUUCCGGAUCGCGGACGCAAGAAGCCGCCGUGCACAGGGAUGGUCGGUUUGAGAAGCCUGGCGACGGCGUAUCUGAAACAGCCGCAGCCGCAACGCAUCGGGGAUGGGGGUCAUUGUUCUCGUUUGGGCGGACGCAGAUUCGACAAUGACGUACUUUGCUUUAUGAUGAUGAAUCGGUUUAGUUGUUGCUUGUUUGCGGGCGCUGAAAUGAAAUUUCCGGGGUUUGAUGGAUGUCUUGCUUUGAGUUCAUGUUUUUCUGUCGGGGAGUAUGGGGAUUCUUAAGUAAGGGUCAUGUCUCGAUCGAGCGCCAGGUGCGCUAUCGAGUUUGGAGACUUCUUGC